AAAUCAGUUAAAAGAUCUUUCUUCGUCUCUCCUAAAGUCUUCUUCUGGUUUCUCAUUUCGUUUUCAUCUCAAGAAGAAGAAAAUAUUGCAAUUGUAAAAUCUCAUUUGAAAGAAAUUAAUGCAUGUCAAGCAUCUGGGGGAAAUAAUAAUAAUAAUAAUAAUAAUAUUAUGUAUAAGAGGAGUCCUAUACAAGCUCAAGAACAUGUUACUGCUGAGAGGAAACGCAGAGAAAAACUGGGCGAGCUUUUCAUUUCUUUGUCAAAGGUUGUUCCUGGUCUAAAGAAGUUAGACAAGUCUUCAAUCCUUGGAGAUACUAUUGAGUACAUGAAGGAGCUUCAACAACAGGUAAAAGUUCUUGAAGAGACAAAGAAAAACAUACCAUCGGCCUGCGAAAAUAUUAAGGAGAAUGUUAACUGCAUCGACCAAGUAGUAGAAUCAAAGAUUAAGGCAAGGAUUUUGGACAAAAGUGUACUUAUUAACAUUCACUGCAACAAACAAGAUGGGGUGGUGGGAAGAAUAUUGUUCGAAAUGGAGCAAUUGCAUCUUUCAGUCAAUGACAUAAGGAUCAUGCCAUUUGGUCCUACUAAUCUCGAAAUAUCAAUUCUUGCUGAGAUGGAGAAUGGAUGUUGUAUAACCGUGCAGGAUAUUGUAAAUGCCCUUCAAAUCAACAUUCUGGACCAAGUUCAAUCUGCAGUUGCAUGAAUAAUCUCCUCCUGAUGAUAUUCUCUACGUUUUCUUUUUCCUUCUUGUCCUCGACAUCGUAAAUAAUUUUUUUUAAAAAAACAUUUUUAAUUACCUAUAUGUGUACAAAUUGAAAGCUCUUUUGGAUAUUGUGUAAUAAUUACUCUUCCACAUUUGUCUCGCCGGCAAAAUUUCUUAUACUUGUUGGAGACUUUUCUUUGGAUCCCUUAGUUUGGGAUUCCUAAUUUUC